AUGUCUACCUCACUUCAGAGGUCUCCUCCCGAUGAAGGGUAUAGCGAACAUCCUUUGACCGUAUUUAAUCAAUCCAACUUUGAAGACAUGCCUUCAUGGCUUGCAGAAAUGUCUCCAGAAGAUCGCGCCGAUUACAUCAUAAACAUCAUGGGUCAAUUGCCAACUUCGGAAGUAUGGGACAUAGUUGGGCGCCUUCGACCUCGACUUACAAUCGAUUUCUUCUUCCACUUACCAUCCGAAAUCUGUUUGAGGAUUCUGAGCUUCCUUGAUCCAGUGUCACUAGUAAAAACCGCCAGCACCUCGCGACAUUGGCAAAUGCUAGCCUUCGAUCGGAAACUGUGGGAGCAACUAUAUAUACGAGAUGGAUUCAGAGUUGUGCGAUCGGAAGUUGAUGAAUUCGAAUACCCUGCUGGAAAAGUUUCGUGGAUGGUUCCAAAAACUGGCAAUGAGUUCGACCAUGCAGUCAAGCGUAGACCCACGGCCGCCUUGCAACGGAUGAUGGCAGGCUUGGAUGGGGAUAAUGGCAAUCAAGACUUGGAUAUGAUGCGGCAGACGUCUAUAUUUGGUCCGGGAAGCGCAAGGGAAAUGAAAGAAAGCCCUUUUGCUGAAGACUCAAUCAUGUUGGAUGCGCCAAUAUCCCCGACGGAUAGGGGCAAGGCUCAGACCUCAUUUUCUAGCACAGAGGGAACUUUCUCUCCGGAAAAGGGAAAAGGAAAAGAAAAAGGACCCUCACGUCCUAGACAAGCAUCCACUCUAGCUGUUAUGGAUCGAGGUGAUGGACUAGAGAAACUCAACUGGCAUUAUGUUUAUACACAGAGAAGACGCCUAGAAGCCAAUUGGGAUGCCGGGAAGUUCACCAACUUUCAAUUGCCGCAUCCCCACUAUCCUGAGGAGGGUCAUACAGAAUGUAUCUACACUAUCCAGCAUUCGGAAAAGUAUUUGGUCAGUGGUAGCCGUGAUCAAACCAUACGAAUUUGGAAUCUCGGCACAAGACGUCUUGCUCUUCCUCCGUUGAGAGAGCAUAAGGGAUCUGUGCUUUGCCUACAGUUUGACCCAGAUCCAGAAGAAGAUCUAAUUGUUUCUGGAAGCAGUGAUGCCACCGUCAUCAUUUGGCGAUUUUCAACAGGCAAGGUAAUCCAGCGAUUGACGACAGCACAUAGAGAAUCUGUUUUGAAUGUCAAAUUUGACAAGCGUGUUCUGGUGACCUGUUCAAAAGAUAAAACUAUCAAAAUAUUCAAUCGUCGACCUAUGACCGGGAACAUAGACGACGCAGCUUCCAUCCAAAUACAAAACUUUGGCUUCGAAAAUCAUCCAUCUGCGGGGAUUAUCACAAAGCCAUAUACACAUAUCAGAACCUUGCAAGGUCACGGAGCGGCCGUUAACGCCGUUCAAAUAUUAGGCGAUGAAGUAGUGUCUGCUUCAGGUGAUAGAACUGUAAAAGUCUGGAAUUGGAAGAAAAGCACUUGCACUCGAACUCUAUUGGGCCACACUAAGGGGAUUGCAUGCGUUCAAUACGAUGGGCGUCGAAUAGUGAGUGGCAGCAGUGAUAAUGAAGUUAAAGUAUUUGAUAAAGAAUCUGGUCUUGAGGUAGCUAGCUUGAGAAGCCAUACGAACCUGGUCAGGACUGUUCAAGCUGGAUUCGGCGAUUUACCAUACAGCGCAGAAGAAGAAAGAGAGGAUGCAAAGAGGAUUGAUAGAGAAUAUUUCAAGGCCGUAGACCACGGAAUGGUCGAUCAAGCUUAUCAACCAGGUCGUGUCAAAAAUGCCGGGUCCUCAAAACCAGAAGAUAUCACUGCGUUUGGGGCCAAGUUGCCACCAGGAGGAGGUGGAUGCAAAUACAGUCGUAUUGUGUCCGGAUCUUAUGAUGAGACGAUUAUUAUAUGGCGGAGGGAUAAAGAAGGUGUCUGGAAGCCUCAGCACACCCUUCGUCAAGAGGAAGGUUCUCGAACUGCAAUCAGGGAUGCAGCCAGAAUACCUCGAAGGCUCAACACAAAUUCCGCCUGGCUCCUGGGGACCUCUCCAACAACCGUUGGAUUAACGAAUAACGAGUCGUCACUGGGAGAUAUCUCAAAACUUGGCCCCGAAGCUCAAAUCGAUAACGCAAUCGCGGCUGGACCAAUAGGUCUACGACAAGCACUCAACGAGUACCCAAAUCUACUGCUUCACGAACACUUGAGAGUUGCUAUCGAUCUUUUGCCAGACCACACAAAACACUUUAUAAAUCUCGUUCUAAUUGCAGCUUUACAAGCAGAAGGUUAUGAUACAUCUGACAUAUCUUCUUUGCACAAUGAUACAACUACGGCUGCAGCACCACUGCUACCAAAUCUUUCAACAUUGCCCAAUAGCGGGGCAUCUCUAGCUGCUCUACAUCCAGUGCAUGCUCGUGUAUUCAAACUCCAAUUUGACGCUCGCAGGAUCAUCUGCUGUAGUCAGACAUCCACAAUUGUGGGGUGGGAUUUCGCAAAUGAUGACAAGGAUAUUAUAGAAGCAAGUCGAUUCUUUGCUCCAAUGGAGUAG